AUGUUGAAGCUGUUGGGCGGGCUCAAGGAGUUCGUCAAGCGGCAGCCGGUGACCAUCGAUGGCACCGUUUUCCGGAUGCACGUGACGUUCACCACGGUGGUGCUGCUCGCGUGCUCCAUAAUGGUGACGGCCACGCAGUACGUGGGCAACCCGAUCCAGUGCAUCGUGGACGGGCUUCCCGCCAGGCCAGUGAACACGUACUGCUGGAUCACGUCCACGUUCACCAUGCCGGACGCGUUCCUCCGGGAACAGGGCGUGGGCGCUGCGCACCCGGGUGUGGGUCCCGAAAACGGUGAACCGCCCAAGUACUACACGUACUACCAGUGGGUAUGCUUCGCCCUGUUCUUGCAGGCCAUGUUAUGCUACUUCCCCAAGUGGAUAUGGGACAUGCAGGAGGGCGCGCUAAUGACCACGCUGGUCAUGGGCUUGCAGUUCGGUCUGGGCAACGAGAAGGAGCGCGAAAAGCAGAAGAAGAUACUCAUCCACUACAUGCUCACCCACAUCAGAAAACACACCUGGUACGCCGUCAAGUAUUGGAUGUGCGAGUUCAUGUGCCUGGCCAACAUUGUGCUGCAGGUUUACUGGAUGAACAGAUUUUUCGGCGGACAGUUCAUUACUUACGGGCUGCGCGUCAUCGGCAUGUCCACCGAACACCAGGACAACCGGGUGGACCCGAUGGUCUUCAUAUUUCCACGGGUGACCAAGUGCACUUUCCAUAAGUUUGGACCUUCCGGGUCCGUGCAAAAGCACGAUUCGCUGUGCGUGUUGCCACUAAACAUCGUGAACGAGAAGACUUACAUAUUCAUAUGGUUUUGGUAUCUACUGCUGUUGGUGGCGCUGAUCCUAAUGAUCAGUCACAGAGUGCUGAUUAUGUACAACGCCACUGCGAGGAAGAACGCUUUGCGGUACCGCCACUACAGGUUGAUAACCGACGACGUGGCCAAAGCCGUGACGAACAAAUUGUCACUGGGUGACUGGUGGGUGCUGUACAUGCUGGGAAAAAAUUUGGAUCCGAUCAUUUACAGGGAAGUGGUGCGUGAAAUCGCCAAAAAAGCCGACGCCUGA